AUGGAUGCAUUGAGCUAUAAAAUACAACAUGACCAGUACUAUAAUGAUGUUGUCAUAGACUUUGAUGCUGUCAACCUGCUUCCUAAUACUACAACAGAUAUAUCAAAUAUGCUACGCUCUUUAGAAGAGCAUACUGAUGUAACAGGUAUUCCACCAACAGAAGACCUUCUGGACAAUUGCAAUGAAUAUGAUGCAAAUAUGUCAUCAUCUUUUGUUCCAAAACUGCCUCCUCCACCCCGCGAACUAGAUACAGUUAAGAGAACCUUGCAGUUAGAUGUUGAUACUAAUAAUAAUAUCCCUUGGCCUGAAAUAAACUUGUCUCUGAUAAAUGAAUAUAAUACAAUAGGCUUGUUAAGCAUGGCAUUCCCAACCCUUUUCCCAUCUGGAGUUGCACUUCCACUACAGCCACGUAUCAAGCAUCUGCCUAGCCAAUUGUUGCGCUUUGGUGCAACUCUUCGAGGCACCCGUGCAUAUUGGCGUAAAUCUAGAAAAGAGCUUACUGCAAUGAUCUCCCAAUUGGGGCCCCCAACACUGUUCUUUACAUUAAGUUCAACUGAUACCAAAUGGCCUGAUUUGCAUAGGCUUUUCUCUGAAAAUGAUGGCCAAACCACACAGUUUACAAGAAAACAACUUACAGACCAUGUGAUCUGCAAUCCACAUAUAACAGCAUUAUACCUUCACAACAGAUUUACAAUAUUUCGUGAAGAAAUUAUUCAAAAGUUGUUCCAAGCAAAGGAUCAUUGGUAUAGGUAUGAAUGGCAACAUCGAGGCUCAGGCCAUAUUCAUGGCUUCUUAUGGCUCCCUGGAGCACCAAAUAUGGAGACCAUUAAUUGGAUAGAUGAUAAUGAGGUGCAAAUGGCAAAAACUUUCUUCGACCAAUAUGUUUCUGCUUGGAACCCUCGCAUUGCAGCAGACCGCAUGAAUGCAAUGCACUACACUGCAAUGGAUGACCCUUGCCUAGCUGAUACAAAAAAAAUCUUCACCAUGGAUGCUGCAUUGGAUUAUGAAGCAUUGCUUAAUACUUUACAGAGACACACAAAAUGUACAGAACAAACAUGCCUCAAGAAAAAAGGUCCCACAUUUGAAUGUCGUUACAAAGCUCCAUGGGUUCAACAAGAGAUGUCUACAUUGACAGUUGACAAUGACAACAACCCAUGCUAUAAACCUGCAAGGAAUGAUGAUCGUUUAAAUAUUCAUAAUCCUUGGAUGCUUUCACUAUGGAGAGCUAAUAUUGAUUGUCAACCAGUCACUUCAAAAAAAGCUGUCCUCCAAUACAUUUCAAAGUAUGCUUCAAAAUCAGAAAACAAAUCGCAAUCCUAUAUUGAAAUGCUGAAAACAAUACUAAAUACAAGUAAAUCUGAAGAUAGCAUUUUAUUAACAUAUCAGAAAUUUAUGAUGGGCAUAGUAGUAGACCGUGAUAUCAGUGCACAAGAAACUUGCCAUAUGUUACAGAAAUUGCCUCUUCUAAGUUGUAGCCGACAAUUUGUCUCUCUAAAUGUUGGCAGAAAAAUACUGCACCGUGUCAUAAAAUCAGAUAAUGGAGCUGACCUUUCCACAACUUAUAUCCAUGCUUAUAUGCAGCGCCCUUUUGAAUUAAAUGCAACAAAUUUGCUACAAUCAGCACAAGGGUUUUCCUAUAAUUCUCAACGCAAAAAAACAAAAUGGCACAUCAGGGAUAAAAAAGCAAUUGUGACUGUAUAUCCUCAGUUUACAGAGCCUCCAAAUGAAGAUACCAAUCAGUUUGAUAUUUUUUGUUUGUCUGAAUUGCUGCUAUACAAACCAUUCCGUGACAUCCCAACUGAAAUAGGAGCUUCAAAGGAACAAAUUAUAAAAAAUUGGAAAAACUUUAAAAAGACAAAUUACAACCAUUUGGGAAAUCAACAAAUUAUAGAUGAUUGCACCCUUCCAAACGAAGAUGACAGUGACAAUAAUGGUUCCCAACAUCAAGAUGAUACAAAUCUGUACGAGUGGGAGCAGCUCUCACAAAUGGGAGCUUCAAAUAACUUUGUCCAGAAUGAUCUGCAAAUGCUAGGCCGUCGUGAUUACGAUAUUAGCCACUUUUGGGGAGCAACUGUUGUGGUUGAUCAACUAGACUCCACUGCCCUUCAGUUCAUAGCUACAAGCAAGCUAAAAUCCCAACACACUAGCAUGCAAAUCUCCAGCCAAGACACAAAAAAAAACCAGCUAUCACCUCAGCAAAAAGUUGCGCUCAACAUCAUUCUACAACAUCAUAAUAAUCAAUCUACAACAACACCUUUACGAAUGAUUGUUCAAGGCACUGCUGGCACUGGUAAAUCAUUUUUAAUAGAUUGUAUUAGAAAAGAAUUAAACAUAUCUCCACCUAUGACGGCAAACCCAUUGCUUGUUUUAGCACCAACAGGAGUUGCUGCAUUUAAUAUACAAGCGACAACAAUCCAUGCAGGGUUGCGCAUACCUAUAAGAGAAAUGCAUCCUUUGACAGGGCAAUCAUUAAUGACAUUGCAAGAGCAAUUGAAACAUAUCAAAUAUAUUCUGAUAGACGAAAUGAGCUUUUUGGGCCCGAAACUACUACUUAAGAUAGAUAACCGUUUACGCCAAGCAUUCCCUAACAAACAACAUGACAACUUUGGUGGCGUGUCCAUGAUUCUUGUUGGUGAUCUUGCUCAGCUUCCCCCUGUUAUGGAUAAACCUAUAUAUGCUUCACACUCUACAGCCCUCAGUUUAUGGCAUUCUUUUACUAUUGUCAUAACAUUGGACACUAUUUUCCGCCAGCAAGGAAAAUGCUCAAAGAAUUAA